AUGACAACAAGGAGAAUCACCGAGAACCUGUCACAACCCAACAAGUCUAUCAACAACACCGAAGAGGUCACUGAUCGCCAUGCAACCACGGCCGACGGCUCCGCAUCCAUUUCGCCCGCUUCUCCUGUCUCUGUACCCAUACUUCCGCCAACGAUUCACCUCACGUACGGCAGACUGGGGCAGGAGAAAGUCUAUACAGUCCUGUCCAACAAAUACGACACACCUUGCACCAUCCUUGUCAACAUGCACUGGUACUCUUCUUCUUUCAGUCUGAGGGUGUUUGGGGGUGACAGUCGCAAUGGCGGAGUCGUAGCAACUGCUCACGGAAAAGCCGGGCCUUUCUUCUCCCGGAGUUUCCUCGAAGUCGCAUUGCCUCCCUUUCCACCCACGCAAAUCUCGCAGACGAAGAUUAUCACAAAAUGGAGAAGCGCGCUCUGUGGGUUCAGCAUGGUCAUCGGAGGAAAAGAGGAGUGUUUCGAAUGGAGAAGGACAACUGACGCCGAAGCCAAGCAGAUCGGAAACGGGCUCCGUCGGAAACUUGUUCGAGUAUCCGGGCCCAACUCCGGCACCGGUGGCCCAAAAGCGCUGCGAGAGGCGGGCUUCUCAAGCGAUGGCAAGGAAGUUGUCGCCUUCAUGGCCGACAAUAGCUCAUGGAACAUGGGACACGGCCUCACCAUUCGUUUCAAGGGUUCCGGGCUCGGGGAUAUUCUGGGCGAGCAAUGGAGAAUUUCAUGUCUCUUGUCUGGGCUGUGGCUGUGGUGGAUAGACCUCGGAAGAUACGGGACCACAGUCGCUGGGGCUGGUGCUGUAACCAUUGUUGCUGGCGUUGGUUUGGGCCUGGCUGCCUGA